AUGGCGCCGCGUUCACCGUCGAGAAAAUCGCGGUCGCGGUCUCUCCGCGACGAGGAUGGGGUGGAUUCAUACGGGACGGCGCCCACGCCCACCCGUCCAUUCGUGUCGCAAGUGCCAAAGACUCCCGCAUCCAAGCUGAAGGUGGCCGAGCUCAAGGAGGAGCUCAAGAUGAGGGGUCUGGAGACGGACGGCCUCAAGGCAACGCUGGUGGAACGACUGGAGGCAGCGCUGAUGCAGGGUCUGGACAACGCGCGCGCGGAAUCUGAGAGGACCGGGUCCGCGGGGCAGGUGCGCGACGUCGCCACGUCUCCGCUGAAAAGUCGGCGCGGUGGCCGAUUCGUCGUGGACCUGGGCGAGGGCCAGGGCGGAAUGAGCUGGCCCCUCCAGGCGAUACUGGCGUUUGCGAUACUCGUCGUGGCGUAUCUGGUGACCCCUAGGGGUGCUUCCGCUCCCAAGACGUCGCCCCUGUCGCAGACCGCCCCGCCUCGUGAGCCAACCACCGGUCGCACCCCGGCUCAAUCGGAGUCCCAAGCCCCGCCGCCCGCGCGCGCGGCGGUUGUUGACGAGGACCCGGACCUCGCGCUGUGGGCGGCGCCCAGCUGCGCGGCUCGGGCGACCGAUCGGGAGGUUAUCGAGCUGGCGCACGGUGACUGGUCGGAGACGGUCGCCGUGUUCAUGGACACCGUGAGGGAGGCGGACACGUCGGCGAGGGGUGGGGUGAGGAGCGUCGCGGGUGUGGGCAAGGGACCGUCGCUCCUGCUGGUCGCCAACGGGAACAGGGACGAGGCGCGGCGGCGGGCGAAGGGGGUCGUCGCCGCGUUCGAGAGUUGCACCGAAGACAAGUGCGUUCUGAGGCUGGACUGCGAGGCGGUGGCGCAGACGGCGAUGGAGACGUCGGAGAGGGAGGCGAGGGGUCAGCUGCAGAGGAUGAUUGCGACGUUCCUGCAGCGAUGCCCCAGGGGCGUCGCCGUCUUCGCCGGGGUGGACGCGUUCACGCCGGAGCUGCUCGGCGCGGUGAUACCCGCACUCAGCGAGGGUGGGCGGUACAUGAAGGACGGGAGGGAGGUACGCGCGGACCUGGCCACUUACGUCAUGACCGCCGCGCUGGCGAGGGAGCCGGAGGAGCUCGCCGAGUGGAUGGAGAGCGAGAGACAGUUUGCGAGGAGCGCCAAGGAUGCGCUGUCCAAGCUGAUGUACAGCAGGCAGAGGGACGACGCGAGGGAUGACGAUGGGUCAGUCGGGGCGUUCAGGAGGAGGAUAGACUUCGUGGCGCCCCUCAGGUGA